GAGAUCAUAACAGAACCAGCAGAUUUCCAGUCUUUACAGAAAGUCCAUCUGUUCUUCAGGUUACUUCACAACCGAUAAUAACUUGGAAAUCAUGAGUGAGGUUUCCAAGGAUUCUUUACAGAGGAUCCUGCUGCAGCUCGAAUGCCACUUCACUUGGAUGUUGCUGAAGGAGGACAUCACUCCCAAGGAGCUGGAGGAAAGGAUUGCAGAUCAGCUUGAAUUUUUAUCGACCAAAUCCAAAAUUCAAAGUUAUAACCUGCUGGCCUACAUAAACCAUUUGAAUGGCAAGAAAGAAGCCACUCUGGAAAAUUUACAGAAAGCUGAGGAGGCUGUGCAAAUAGAGUGCCCAAAGGAGGUUGAAAAGGCAAGUCUUGUUACCUGGGGCAACUAUGCUUGGGUGUACUACCACAUGGGCCAGCUUGAAAAGGCACAAGAGUACAUAAAGAAGGUGGAAUGCACCUGCAAACAAAACGGAAGUGCCUCUCCUUAUAAGAUGAAGCUCCCACGUAUCUACUGUGAAAAGGGGUGGGCACUCCUCAAAUUUGGGGCAAGCUAUUAUGAAAAGGCCAAGGAGAGCUUUGCAAAAGCAUUGGCGGAAGAGCCCCAGAACCCAGAAUUUAAUUCAGGCUAUGCAAUCACAUUGUACCGUAUGGAAGAUUAUUGUGGGAAAAAAUCCUCUGCAGAAGGGUCGUCGCUGGAGCCCUUGAGACAUGCGGCAAGUCUGAAUCCCGAUGAUCCUUUUGUUGUGCCUGUCUUUGCAGUGAAACUGCAGGAAGUUGGUCAAGCUGAAGAAGGGGAAAAGUAUAUUAAGGAAGCCCUUGAAAAAAAUCCAGACGUUCCCUAUGUACUGAGGUAUGCUGCCAAAUUUUACAGGAAAAAUGGCGAUGUCAUUAAAUCCCUGGAGCUUUUGAAGAAGGCACUAGGGUUGACACCAAACUCCAGCUUUCUGCAUCAUCAGAUUGGCCUUUGUUACCGAGCACAGUUCCUUGAGAAGAAAAGGGCCAGAUGCCAUGACAGAGAAAAGAUGGAAGAGCUGAUCAGAUGUUGUAUUUUUCACUUCCAGAAAGCGGUGGAGCACAAACUCAAGUUUGUCUAUGCUUAUUUGGACCUUGCCGGCAUGUAUGGAGAAGCAAAGCGUCUUCAGGAAGCAGAGGAAACAUUUCAGAAAGUAUUUGCUAUGACCAGGCUAACUUGUGAAGACAAGCAGGAUCUCCACUUCUCAUACGGCCGCUUUCAGCAGUUUCACAAAAAUUCAGAAUCCGAAGCCGUGAAACACUAUCUGGAAGGGCUGAAGAUGGAAAAAGAAUCAUUUUCAAGAGAAAAGUGCAAAGCGGCUUUGAAGAAACUGAUAGAAAAGAAAAUCAACAAAAGCCCAGGAGACGCAAAGAGCUUUGGCAUCCUCGGAUACAUUCACCAACUCAGUGGGGAAAGGCGCCAAGCCGUUGAGUGCUACGAACGAGCCCUGGAGAUGGAUCCUGACAAUGAAGAAUACCUCAGUGCUCUCUGGGCCUUGAGACUUUCUUUGCAAAGCUAAACCUUCCCGUGUGUGCUCAUGAUUGUAUCAAGAUUCAGAACACUCUACUUGCUCUUCAGCUAUUCCAUCAUAGUCCUUGGGGUUCCUUUGAUGUAGUUGAGUUGAAGGUUACACAGCCUUUGCUAACUGAGCUUUAGGCAUUACUUUGACCACGUAAAUGACAUAUGAUAUCAUAUGGAUGUAUUAUAACAGAAAUCUUUGCAUUGGGUUUUUGAUAUAUAGACUUAUGGAUGGAGGGAGACCAUACACCAGCAUUAGAGAGUUCUGAACCCAAGUCAUUUCCAAGGUAAUGUUUUGUCUGACCCAUUCCAUAAUUCCUCAGCACUUCCUACUGCUCAUUGAGUACAUUUAUACUGAUAAGUUUUCAUAUCAUAGGGAUUUCAUAUA